CAUUACCCAAUCUCUUUCCUAGGUUUACGAUUGGCCAUCUAUCUGCUUUCGGAUGAUUAUCUCGGCGCCACUACUUCCAGUCAGUCUAGCAGCUGCAACUGGACAUUAAUAUCAUAUACAAAUUUAUUAAAAACUAAAAUAAAAGUUCUUAGUCCGACGACCGAUGUCAGUGGACGUGAUUAAUUUAAGCACUUAAAGAAUUUAAUUUAUAAAAAUUUUCAAAUAAUCCGAAAAACUGUCUAAAUCAGUUUUUGUGGGCCCCUAUAAUGACGUCAUCAUUGCGGGGGCUGAUGACGCAAGGAGAACGACGUAUUGGUCAGGGGGGGUUCUCACAGGAUCUUCGCAAGGGGUUGAGUGCGCGAAGGAAGAAGAAGAAGAAGACAGAAGAAGGGGAACCCCCCGGUUACUGUAUAAAUGCGAGCCGCGCAAGCUCCACCAAUCACUUACCCUCUGACCUCCAAACUCAAAGCUCUGGUAGCAGUGGAUACUGAAUCCUCCCCCCCUGUCCCAAUCCAGCUGUACCUCGUAUCGCUGUGCUGUAUUAAAAUCAAAAUCGCGCACAUCCCAAACGCUACCACGAGCAAGAGUGCUGCAUUCGCUUGUUCACCAGCGUAAGAGGAGGAGCUGGUGGGAGAAAAGAAAAAGAAAAGAAAAAGAAAAGAAAAAUUAGAGUGAAGAGACUAAAACGCUAAAGAAAAGUCCAACGAAGAAGAGAGAAGUAGAAGAACGGAAGUGGAGCCGGAAGUUUACGUCCAAGAAAGAAAAAGAAUCUAGCCGAAACAGUCGAACCUCGUGCUCUAGAAGUAGAUGAAGCCGACGGAAGGAAGGGAUGUGAAUUGGUCUUAGCUGUCUUUUGUACAAGGCGUGUUUUCAUUUGACUAUCAUGUGGAAUUUGCGACAGCGUUUAAUUUCUUCGUUUCACUGGAAAACGGUGAAGAAUAUGAUUUCUCACAUAAUAGAGGAGUCACUUGACUCGUCGUUAUGUCGUCGAGAAUAGAAGUUGUCCUUUACGAAUUAAUGAUAACAUGCUUCUUCAACGGUGCAUCAUCAUUCUCAGUAUCUUCGCCUGUUACACUUAUGCUCGUGGAAAGGUGAUCGACUGCGAAAAAUAUCCUUACCAUAGUCAGUGCAGAGGUUCCCAAACGAGGAAACGUUAUAUGAGCAUGGGUGAGGAUGUCGUUGGAGAGCCUGGCUGCUCGUCGAAAUUGAAGUUUUUGAAUAAGGAACAAGGAUCAGUUCCUGAACACGUUGACUUCAAUGGAAUUUCAAAAUCAAAAUUAUGGGCCGCCCUUCUUGAUAGUGGAUUAAAUGCUGAUGCUCUCUACGAAGCGUACGUUUCUUCUUCUGAAAAGCACAAGAAAAGGAACAAGAACAAUGGACUUAACGAACGAAGAAUACCCUUACAAGAAUUCUCAUCUGAACUGGACAUUCUCGAUGGCGAUUAUUAAUUCGACAACUGAAUUUUCACCAGCGGCUCGACAAACGAAUUCUCCUGGAUAAACAAAUCUUUGCGGAGUUCAAUCAGAAACAAGUUUUUCCGUUAUGGCAACGCGUUUUAAGCUUUAGUGUAUUUUCAUAUAUAUUCCUGUAAAAUUUAAUUUAUCUUUUAAAGUAUUACGUACAUUCAUCUUAAUACCUGGUCCAGGUUACCAAUGCGUAUAUCAAAUCUAUCUUCUACACCGAUCCGGUGACAUGGUUUUUAAGAUAUUUUUUAUUCUUUACCAAGAAAAGUAAAAAAAUACAUAAAAAAAUUACGGAGGAAUUGCUUUGCGAGCCGCAUCACAUAUUGACGUGUGUAAGUCGGCCAGGUGGGCAUUUAAUUCUUAAAAGUAUCUCGAUCUUCUUAAUUCUUGUAUAUAUGUACAACUUGUUCAAAAUUCUCUGCAUAUUAUAUUAAAAUAUAUAUAGUUGGUAAUUUGCUCAAGAAAAGAGCUUUUAUAACAUUUUGUUUUUAAUCUUUCGUAUCGCACAAAACGCAGUAACAUCUCUACGUUAGUUUAUCAGUUUCUAGUUAUAUUGUUCAAUUUAAGUUGACUUGCUUUAUAUUUUCUUUUUCUUUCUCUCCUAUUGAAACUCUUCAGUGAGUUAUCAACAAGUUGUGGAAUGUUUACUCUCAUUCUGGAAUGUCCGUGGCUGGAAAAUCUAUCGAUUCCGUGUUGAGAAGGACAUGAACAAUAUAAAAUAUGGAUUAAUGAUAAAUAAGAUGCAAGAAGAAAGGGAAAAUAUAGAAAACACGGAAACCGAUUGAUAUUGUCUUCCUCUUGAGAAUCUUUGCACAACGUAAUUAAUUGCCCAAAAAUAAAUAAUUGCGUGCCGAUUACGCUUUGUCUAUCGUGAAUUGUCUCUGUAUAAUUUGUAUAUGUGCUCAUUCCUAAACAUUAAACAUGUGAAACGUA